CCUUUUUUUGUUGGCUCUUUAGAUCACUCCUUACUUUCUGAUUACUGUAUAAUUUUCUAAUUCCAAAUGACAAAUCUCACAAUAUUACCAAAGAGCUUUCAUCGACGACGCAAUUUCCUUGUCUUUGUAAUGAAUAGACUCUUUCAACAGUCCUGCCUUAUGGUUACUUCUAAACACUAUACAUACACUUCACUUCUCAACAGUUCUGCUGUUUUAGAAUACAAUGCACUAUUUUUUUUUAACACAGAUAUCUUAAUCGCGGAAAAUGAACUUUUAUUCUCGUCGCCAAUGUAGAAGAGCGUGUAGAUCGGUUGUUUACUAUAUUCACAAUGACGUUUAAUUCCUGAUUCCUAGAUUAGCCUACUACAAUAACAAUUGUGUUCUCAGCCUACUACAACUGGCAGCACUGAAUCGACGCCAGUCAAAAAUGACAUCGAUGUGAAGUCUCUGACUGAGGGAACGUCACAACGGUCAAAAAGAAAUUAAAAACAUUGUCUAUUCGCAUGUGAUACGUAUUCAGAACAUUCGCAAAUAUUGAAUUUACAUCAUAAAUUAAUUUAUUAAUAUUUUGGAAUUGUGCGCGAGUGCCUAUAUCUGAGUUAUUUCGUUUAUACCUCGUAAGAAGAUUGAAAUAGCUUAGUUAACUAGAAGUUAAUCAUGAAUUCAUUUAUAUAGGCUAGCACAACCAAACAUUGCAUCUCUAACCUCUGCUAUAUUAAGGAAUCACAAUUAUUGUACCGUAAGUUCAGCUGAAACUAUUUAUCUGGAUUGUUAUCUUAUUAGAUACCUUCACUAGGCAAACUGCUCUCUAAUCUUGCGAAGAACAGCGAGAAGUAUAAUUUGUUGGGCAAGACCGGAAUUGAAAGACCAAAUUCUUUAAGAAUACGGCACACCAAACACCGUGCGAUUCUGUAUCGAGGUCCGAAAGUCUACCCAACAAACUUAAAGAAUUUGCUUCGCGGAAUCUGUGGACAGAAGGAUGCCGGAGACGGAUAGAAACGACUGUAAAGUCUGCCGGCGAUCGAACAACCUGGACAACAUGGUGUUCUGUCCACGGGGUGAAGAAUGGUAUCAUUACCAAUGCGCUGGGGUGAAUGAAUCUGUUGCGGACCGAAGCUGGGUGUGUGGUAAUUGCUCGAUUCUGCCACCCAUCGAUCCACCUGGGCAAACAAGCACUCCGGUGAGUAGUGUCCCAUCUGUAGCGACGACACCUUCUGCCGGUCUACCGUCAAUCGCGACCAGUGCACCACUCGGGUUGCCACCACCAGGAAUGUCGACUGCUGCACAGGGUCUGGAAAACCCAAGACAGUUGAUCUUAACAGACCAGGCAAGGGCUAGCCUUCAGUGGAUUCAGGAACAGCGUGAAAACUUGGAGAAGGAGAUGGAAGAAAACCAUAGACAAGAAAUGGAACGGAAGCGGCAGGAAUUGAGGAAGCUUGCCAAUAAAGCUAUGUUAGGCAUCGUUGACAGAACGCAUGAAGGCAUUGGGAACAGCUUGUGUGGACAGUCUGCAGCGGCGGGAGCCAAUAAAGUGCAGAACUGGAUGCAACAGAUGGUCGGCGAAAUGAGGAACCUUUCGAUUGCUCAACCGAGCGGAAGGGCAGAGGAAAUUAUGUCGGCUGCACCUACGUUUGACAUCAGUUCCUUUCUGACCACUUCAGGUACGUCUGUGCACGGACUUGACCCAAACCCGUCGUCAACUAUCCACGGAUCGCAAGGUAGGUCAGUGGUUAUUCCGACAACAACUAUUCCUCCGGUUCAUUCGAUGCCAGUCGGACCAUCACAGUUAACCACUGAUAGUUGGCUAGGUGCAAACAUGCAGACUGAAAUCAAUCGUUAUCAGCACUUAGGGGCGAUGCCAAGAGGGUUAGUUAGUCGAGUGCCACCAGGGUUGGGAAUCAAUACACAAACAAACGUUGUGACAGCCUGCUCUACGGUUCCAACCGUGGGUCCUACUUCGAAUCAUUCGGGCUUUUCGGUAGUAACCGGUUCAUCGGUAGCUGGUAAUCCGUUGACAAAUACUCUGUCACAACCACAAUUCUAUGCUGGGAUAGCAACAAACGUGAGUGCACCCUUCGUGCAAUCAGCAACAUCUUUUCCUAACUUCGUUCCUGGGCUGGCUUUCAACACCGCGAUGAAUGGGAGUAGUCAGGCCUUCCAGCAGUUUCCAGAUGCAGGAUAUGCAAAUAAUGUUGGUGUAAAUGGAGGAGUUCCGCUUGGUCAGAAUAACUUCCAAAGUCUUCCAAGGAUGCCUAAUCCGCUAGCUCAGCUUCAAAUCGUUCCUACGCAACACCAGCUUCUGGCGAGGCAGGUUAUGCCCAAGGACCUUCCUCCUUUCCGAGGGGACCCAGAAGACUGGCCCUUGUUUUAUAGUGCGUAUGUGAACUCGACGACGGCGUGUGGAUAUUCAGACGUCGAGAACCUGGCCAGGCUUCAGAAAGCAUUGCAAGGCAGGGCCUUUGACGCUGUUAAAAGUCGGUUGUUACUUCCGGCGUGCGUGCCACAAGUGUUAAACACACUCUACAUGUUAUUUGGCAGACCAGAACUGAUAAUUCAAACGAUGUUGAACAAGAUACGCGAGGUUCCGGCACCACGAUCAGACCGAUUAGAUACACUGAUAUCAUUCGGUAUGGCCGUCCAGAAUUUAUGUGACCAUUUGGAGGCAGCAGGACAGAUAGCACACAUGUGCAAUCCAACGUUACUACAGGAACUGGUGGAAAAGAUUCCAGCCCAACAACGGUUGGAUUGGGCACUUUACAAACGGCAGUUUAUGGCGGUCGACUUACGUACAUUCUCGACCUACAUGUCAACUCUCGUCGCUGCAGCAUCCGAUGUCACAGUCAUCACAGACACUAAGCAGUCACAAGCAGGAAGAAGUGAUCGAGGAAAAGAGAAAAACUUUCUCAAUGCACAUUCCGUGGCUGAGCCAUUUAAAAAGGAAAUUUUAGAGGAAAACAUAUCCGGAGUGGUGUGCUUAGCUUGUAACGGACCCAAUCACAAAGUUAAAGAUUGCGUGAUCUUUAAGAAAUGGGGUCCUGAGAAUCGAUGGGAAAUUGUUAGAGAAAAUCAUCUCUGCAAAAUGUGCUUGGGAAAACAUGGGCAGCGGCCUUGCAAGCAACAAGGAAAUUGCGGAAUGGAAGGUUGUCAGCUACGACACCACCCGCUGCUGCAUGUUGAAUACCAGAAGCAGCAAGUUACGUCCGAAUUGGAGCUGAAUGCAGGAAGUGUAAAUGUGAGUUCCGGAGAGGGAGUUAAUGCUCAUCAUUCUACAGGAAAUGCUACAAUGUUCCGUAUAAUUCCCGUAAAGCUUUCCUGGAAUGAAAAAUCCGUCGAGACCUUUGCGUUUUUAGAUGACGGUUCAUCGAUGACGCUCAUGGAACAGUCAAUUGCCGAUCGUUUGGGCAUAGAUGAUGGUGAAUCACUUCCUUUGGGCCUAACAUGGACGGGCAACAUUAACCGGCAAAUUCCAAACUCCAAGCGGGUUUCUAUUGAAGUUUCUGGUCAAGGCGCUAGUAAAAGUUUUGCUCUGAAUGAUACUAGAACUGUCCCGAACCUAGAACUUCCGAGGCAAACUCUGAAGUACAAAGAGCUGGCACGUCAAUAUGCCCAUUUAAAAGGGCUACCGAUGAGCAGCUAUGAAGCAGUUUCGCCUGGUAUAUUGAUAGGCUCCAACAAUGCUAGCUUGAUUGCAACAUUAAAGCUACGUGAAGGAGAACUUGGCGACCCGCUGGCUGCUAAAACUCGAUUGGAAGUAGUCGUUGAAAGCAGCAGCGAUGUGAUUUGCAUCCGAAACGAGCUGACCGUCAAUCUGAACCGAUGA